AUGACGGCGACUAGGCAACAAUUCCAAGUGGAGUCGGUAAAGGAGGGCAAUUUGGAUGAGAUUGUUCAGUUCCUUCUGGAAAAUUUCGCACAGACAGAGGCUAUUCUGGCCAGUUUGAAAAUUGACGAGGAUAGGCUAUUAACAGUGAUGAUUCGUGAUUUGGUCCAGGACAGUCUCCAAUGCUCCUCAACAUGUGUCGUCCGCGAUGCCGCCACUCACCGAAUUGAUGGAAUCGCGUUGGCAUGCAAAACUUCCAUCUUUGACAAACAAAUCGACCGUCUAUGUGCCUACGAAUUCGAUCAGCAACAAGUGAGAGAUGCCGUUGAAUUCCUGAAAUACGUCUUCAAUAAGCUCGACGUCAUGUACUAUCUCAAUGAGUACCGUCUCUACAAACCGGUGUUCGUCGCAUUGGUGUGUGUUCGAAAAGAAUUGUGGGGACAAGGAAUCGGCAAAUCGCUGAUGAAUCAUGUCAAAACGGCCGCUCGAUCUGAUAGCAGCGACGGGCUCAUCAGCUUGUGCAGUAACGAACGUGGACAUAAACUCAUGAAGCAAUACUGCCAAACUGAUUUCGCUGCCGUGCGCUACGACGCCUUCAAAGGAGAGCAUCUCCGCCCACCGAUCGUGAUGCGCCCUCCGGAAACGUUCAGCAGUGUCUACGCCAUGCUCACCAAGUUCACAUAA